AUGUCUGAGCGCAAGGUCCUCACAAAGUACUACCCCCCCGACUUCGAUCCUUCGAAAAUUACGCGUCAACGAGGCCCUAAGAAUGCUGGCCCCAAGCUCAUGACCGUCCGACUCAUGGCUCCCUUCUCAAUGAAAUGCACCCAUUGCGGCGAAUUCAUCUACAAAGGCCGCAAAUUCAACGCCCGAAAGGAAACCACGGACGAGAAAUACUAUGCCAUCGCAAUCUUCCGCUUCUACAUAAGAUGCACGCGGUGUUCGGGUGAAAUCACCUUCAAAACUGAUCCAAAGAACAUGGACUACGAGUGUGAGAGGGGCGCGAAACGCAACUUUGAGCCCUGGAGAGAGGCCAAGCUGAACGAGGAGACGGAGGAGGAGAGGCUGGAUCGCAUAGAGAGGGAGGAGGCGGAGCGCGAUGCCAUGAAGGAAUUAGAGACAAAGGUGUUGGAUGCCAAGACCGAAAUGGCGAUUGCGGAUGCGCUCGACGAGAUUCGUUCGAGGAAUGCGCGACUGGAAAAGGCGGAGCGGGACGGUAAAACCACAGACGUCGCACCGGAUCCCGUAGACGACCAAAGAAAACGACAAGAAGAGGAAGAUGCCGAGGCGGCAAGACAAGCCUUUGCCAAUCGCAGUAUGCCAGACAUCGGCGAGGAGGUCAUAGAAGAAGAAAUGCUCGAUGUACCAUUUGAAGUACCAGUAGUCACGACAUUCAGCAAGAAACCAAAAGAAAAGAAGGAUUUUGGUGCCGCGCUGGGCAUCAAGAAGAAAGCUUCAGCAUCGCCACGGCCACCUGCACCGGCAAAACAAACAAAAGGUCCCGCACCGCCGUCUAAAUUAUCGUCUAUGCUGGUAGCAGGCUACGAUAGUGACGAUUAG